UGCGAAUCGUCGCCAAUAGCCGCCGAUUGAUGUAAAGUUGUAAUGUAAAGUAACAGCGAGGAUUAACUAUGACCUUCUCCUCGCCCCACCCUAAAGCAUAUUGUCCGAACCGCGUGGAGAAAUUGGUUCGCACUUUCGAAAACUUUUCACGAUAUUUUUACAUUUCAACACUCAAUACUGUGUGGAAAUAACUACAUGUUAGAUACUGAAACAAGAAACUGACGGAAUUACACUCUAUUUGUGAAAACUGUGCAACGCUAGAGACCGGACUGCCAACGUGGCACAGCAUGUAGCAGCGAGAUACGUAUGUGUGAGUGGUGCGUGUGUGUAUGUGGUAUAUCUCAUUGCUGCAGUUCUAUAUAGAUAUAAAACUUCGUAACAGCAGAGUGUAAGUACUUUACGGAUGACAGGAAUGACGGCCAAAUCCGGAACGAGUUUGGAGACCUCGUGUGAAGAAAGUACGAAACUUUAGAGUCAAAGUCGAUAAAGAAGUUUAACAUCGAUAAAGAAGUUCACUGUUUUAUGGUUUGUCCGACAUAUGCGUAAUGCAUGAAUCUAACGCAAAAACCAUCAGAUCAAAGGAGACUCUUGGGACUCUUGGGACUCUUGGGAUCAGCUGAUAGUGUAUCCUAUUUGGCUAGCGUGUUCCAGCAAAAGAUCAAUCUCAAAAUGUACAAAAUGAUAUCUAGGACAUGUUUACGAGAAAGCAUAAAUGCGUUGGCGCCUUUAAAACGUACUGCGAUACAACGGGGUCUCGUUAAAGCAGAAAAGAGCGUUGAUAAGCCAGGCAAGGUGGCUAACCUCAAAAAAUACUGGUUUGGCAGAUACAUAAAUUACAUCAAGAAUUAUGAGCGCACACUGGAACAGAAAUUUCCGCGUACGAUGCAGCUGUAUCGCGUGUUCAGCGUCGGCAGCAAAGAUGUGUACACGGACUUGAAAAGGUUCGUUUCUGCGAUAAAGAAACAAGGAUUAAACGGCGUGGAUAGCUUGACGCGAGAGGAGUUGCAGUUGAUGUACACGAUGCCGAAAGACCUGCGAAAACUGUCACCAUUGUUUCUGCUGUCGGCUAUUCCGUUUACAAAUUACAUUAUUUUUCCCUUAGCUGUUUACUUUCCGCGCUACCUAUUGACAUCUCACUAUUGGACACUGCAGCAGAGGCUAGAGUUCAUGCUAUCUGAUCAUAAAAAGAGAUUAAAGCAUAAUCGAUCGCUAUUCAGAUGCAUGCAGGCGGAACUUAAGACAAUCAAGGAUCAAACGCUCAAAAUAAAGUGGCGAGAUGCUAUAGCUUGUCUGGGAAGCGGCACACAUCCAACUACUAAGAAUAUUAUAGCUUGUUCUGAGCUCUUUUCAGGCCCACCAUAUUCUCUUGAUAAUCUUAAAAGAAAACACAUGAAAGAAUUAUUAGCAAUACAUGGUAUGUCUUUGUGGAGACCUUUCAAAAGAAAAAGGUUGAUGGAAAGAGGUAUGCUAAUAUUGCGAAUGGAUCGUGCAAUUGUGCAGGAGGGAGGAGUAAAGGCGAUGCCUAACGAAGCAAUGCGAUGGGCAUUAUCCUUUAGAGGUGUAAAUCCUACAAAUAUGUCUAUAGAAAAUAUGAGAAGCUGGCUUGAGCAAUGGUUAGUGGUAUCAGCAUGUGUUAAUAAAACUAAUGUAUCUUUGUUAUUACAUAAUCCUAUUCUAUUAGCUUAUAAUCAUUCAACAAAUUGGAUUCUUAUAUACAAGUGAAAAACAAAUUUUAUAACUUCUGUGCAAGAUAUCUAAUAUUUUUUUAAGUAAUAUCAGCUUUCACAAAAAUUGCUUUAAAAUUUUUAGAUUAAUUUAGCAUUUAUUUCACUGAUUCAAACGUUCUAUAUCGCUAGCUGUUAAGAAAUUUUUUAUUAAAUUCGUUUCUUUAUUUGUCAGUUCAUAAAUAGAUAAUAAUUAUUUCUGGUUUGUCUUUACAUAUUUAUUUCUUGUAUGGUA